AUGGGCAAACUCACCACCGCCAUCAAGGCCGGCCAAACCGCCGUCGAGCUGACCCAAAACGCCAAAUCGCUCGCCGAUACCGCCAGCUCCUUCAAGUCCGCCGACAAGGGCGUGCUAGGCCGCGCCGCUGGCCGCCAGGCCUUCAACGAAGGCGCCGACAUCGGCAAGACGGCCGGCAAGUCCUGGCUCAAGACCUUCGAGUGGAUCUUUGCCCUCCUCGUCGCCGGCGGCUCCGCCAUCACCGCCGCGCUCUUUCUCCUCGCUGCGCCCUUCCUCUUCAUCGCGUGGAUCGUCGUCUUUGGUCUCUUUGCCGGCUUGUUCCUCGGUCGGGACUCGGGCGAGGAUGAGGAGUACAAGGGUAGCAACACCCGCGCCAUGAAGAUUGCCGUUUGGGUCGACUUUGUCAACUCCCUCUUGUGGUUUGCGUCUGCCGUCUACGGCUGCAUCAAGACGAUGCUCGGCAACAAGGUGGAUCGCAUGACUGACAAGGCUGGUCAGAAAAUGUUUUCCAAGAAACAGGCGCCUUCCAAAGAUAACUAUGCGGAGAGCGUUUAG